AUGAACGGUGAUGAGACGUUGUCGGCUUUGGACGAGUAUGUGGCGCCGGGUUUACGGCUUUGGAUGUUGAUAGCGCUCGUCUCUGGUGUGCUACUUGUCAUGGUGGUGAUUGUCUGUUGUUUUAUGCGAAUUCGAAACCCGCGCACAAAGCGACAAAUCGAUUUGAUAGCGGCUCGGCGAAAGAUGAGAGGAAAGAAGAAAUCGACCGUCAACAAUCAAAAUGAUGAAAAGUCGACGGCUAUUGUGAUGAACUCGAUGCAGACUCGCAACAACUCCUCAGGGAACACGAGAAAAGAAAAGCUUGAACGCGACGAGAAAGAGGCCUUGCAACAGCAUCGAGGCAGUCGAACACACACGACUGUU